AUGUACUGGCCGGUGGGAACACCUCGUGUGUACGCCACCAACUCGGACAAUCACGACAAAAACCUCGGCUUUGUGGUGUCGCAGGAUGGCCUACAAUCCCCCAGGGUAGACGCGGACCGCCCACCGCUCACACACGGCGAAUCAUCUUCCUCGACACACGAUGCGAACCUAGGCCCGCCACAGCCCUCACCACUAUUGACUCCGGGCACGCCUACCACGCCGAUAACUCCGGUCAUCAAGUCCGUCGAACACGCCUUCAAUUAUGAUGGUGAUUCACAAGGCUCAUCGCCGCAACCUUCGCCGGAUCCUUCCCCGAACUUGGCCACGCUUCUAAAGGAACCAAUUGUGGCGUUGCGCGUGGCUAGGACGGGUCAUCUGUUCGCAGUAAUAACCUCGACGACCAUGACCAUCUGGCAGACAAAGCCCACAGUAGUGCUCGCCGCCGUUGUUCGCUCCCAACCCUCGAUCAAGUCAUACGGCACCAAUGUAGAUCUGCUACUCCGACCAGACUCAGCAAUCUUCGUCCUCCACACGAGCUCCGGCUACCUUAUCACGUAUUCCUUGGCCACCGACGCGGAGGCGAGGGUUUACAGACCAGCGUUCACCACCCAUACCAAUAUUCAAAAGAGGAGGCAAAGCCACGCCGGCGGGCCCGGGUACGAUGCGCCGGAUCAGAUCAUGUGGGGUCCGGGAGAGGGAGGGGGCGUUCGAGACGUGAGCGUUCGCUUCAAAAUGGUAAUCAAGGUUGACGCUGGCAUUGAGAGCGCAUUGGCUUUGGACGACGAGCUGGUGGUUGCGACGCGGAAGCCGGCAGCUGUGCAAUGCAUUCGCUGGACUCCCGACAGCAAUGGAGCGCAGACCACCACGGAGAUUCUCGGUCGGAUGGGAUGGCUGGAUAAGAAGGUCACCAUCACCGAGAUGACCAAUGAUCGGCCCAUGAACCUUUCGACAUGGAUCACAAGUGACGGCAAGGCUUAUGCUGUCCAGCGCACUCCAGGCGGCCAGCCGAACUCUGAGACUGGACAGGUCGACCCAAAGAAGCUUUUCAAGGGCUAUUGUUUCCACACCCCGCGCAAUGAACAAGAAUGCGCAGAGCGUGCCGUGAUCAAUGCCCGCUUUUCCCUAAUCGCUAUAGGCUGUCUUGAUGGGCACAUACGGGUCUAUACUGUCAAGGACUAUGCAGGAAACGUGCCCUCAUCUCACGUGCAUACCUUGCCUGUCUCGAGCUCGGGUGCGGGGAGACUCAUGACGCUGACCUAUUCUCCCGAUGGAUACUGCCUGUUUGCAGGCUAUGAGAAGGGCUGGGCUACCUGGAGCGUCUACGGCAAGGCAUUGAGCCAUGGCUUUAACAACGACACUACAAUUUCUCAAAAUAACGACGAGGCGUGGCUCGAAGGUGUCAGAGACGCCGCCUGGAUCGGGGGUGCUUCGGAAAUGCUCAUAAUUGGCAUGAAGCACGAGGCCGUUUGGUUGCUGGAGAUGGCCCGCAGUGCAGUCACUGGCUGCUACUGUUCCGCUAACCUUUUCCGGACCGUCUUGCAGACCACUUCCAGCGUAAUGAUCUACCGCGGAUAUGACCUGCCUGAUUUGACCACAAUCUCGGCGGAACCUUCGCUUUGGCACACCAGCAACAUCCCCUCGACAUACCUGCUCAAUCAAUGGCCAAUCCGGUGCACAGUUGUGUCACCUGAUGGCCGCUACGUUGCCGUCUCAGGCCGCCGUGGUCUCGCGCAUUACAGCGUCAACAGUGGCCGGUGGAAGACUUUUGCCAACGAGGAGAUGGAGGAGGAGUUCCAGGUCAGGGGCGGCAUGUGCUGGUACCAAAACGUCCUGGUGGCUGCUGUCGAGGUGAACAGGACCUACGAACUCAGGUUGUACUCGAGGGAGGCCGUCCUUGACAAUGCAAACAUUGUACAUCGCGUUCCGAUGCCAUCUCCGGUGGUGCUGCUGACGCCUUCUGGUGAGGACUCCCUCCUUGUCUACGGCCACAACAACAUCCUCUACCACUUUGUGUUCUCUACCCACUCUGGCUCGGUGCAGCUAGUUCAAGUAGGUCACAUUGUAUUCCAUGGGAUCGUGCGAUCACCCUCCAGAGUCAGGGGCCUUAGUUGGAUUCUGCCCGAAUCCCAGAGACUCAAUGGUGAUCCCUCAGAUGACGUCGCCGUUGCGUCCGUCAUGUUCCUGGUCGACGGCAAGCUGGUGAUCCUCAACCCGUCACUGAAUGAGCAGGGGAACCUCAAAUACGACAUGAGGGUUGUUGCCCAAAGCGUCGAAUACUACACGUGCAUGUGGGAUCAGCCUUUCAUAGACACUUUGCCGCCGGCCAGCGACAGCGCAUUGCCGCCGGGGUCAGAACAUGAGGGCUCGCUGGAGCAGUCACUGUGGAUGUUUGAUGGUGGCGAGCUCAGGGUUUGGCCCGAUGUGCAGGGAGUGUUGGAUGUCGUCUCUCCCGCCGGAGGCGAUGUACCACCGACGGCCUCGCUUCCCACCGACUUCUACCCACUAUCGAUGCUCAGGUCCAAGGGCAUCAUCCUGGGCGUCGAGUCAGAGUUAGCGCAAAGGCGCGAUAUCAACUUUAGCUUCUUUCGUUUUGCCAUUAGGACGCACCUCUUUCUUCCCGAACUGCUCCGUUUCUACCUCCAACGUAACCUUGCCAAUGAAGCGCUACGCCUGGCUCAGCGCUAUCAAUCCCUAGCGUACUUCUCCCACGCUUUGGAAAUCCUCCUACAUCAUGUUCUGGACGAGGAAGUAGACAGCGCGCCGGCUCCAGAGGCCGCCAUCCUUCCGCGCGUACUGUCCCUCUUGUCGUCCUUCAAGGACUACUUGGAUGUAGUCGUUCAGUGCACGCGCAAGACCGAGGUCCGGUCCUGGCGAACCCUUUUCGCCUACCUCCCGCCCGCUCAGGAGCUCUUCGAGGAAUCCCUUCUGCGUGGCAACCUCAAGACAGCCGGCGGCUACCUGCUCGUCCUCCACACCUUCGACGAGCUGUCCGCAGCUGGCGAGCAGAGCGUCCGCCUACUGGGCAGGGCUAUGCGCGAAGGCGAUUGGGAGCUGUGCAAGGAGCUGGCCAGGUUCCUGGCUGCACUUGACGACAGCGGGGAAACGUUGCGCGAGGCACUUGAAAGCGUCGACAUCAAGCUCGACGGCGAUCGCCACGGCACCGGGGCCGGGAACCAGCUCUCUACGAGGCUGGGCGUGCCGGCGCCAUCCUUUUCGCUUGGAACCGAGCGCAGCAGGAGCAGAGAGACGGCCAAGAGGCGGAGCAUAACUGGGCUUGGUAUUAUAAGCAGCGUCGGGAGCAGCGAUGCCGGGAGCGAUGUUGGCAGUACAACGUCGAGCGUUCUCGAGUCCAGUUAA